GAGCCACAGCCCCGGUCUGCUAGCUCGUAUCACUUCGCAUCUCUUCACAUCUCUGAUCUCUAUCUUUUCCACCGUAUAAUCCUCUAACACUACCGACCAGCAAUGGAUGGGGAGAUGGACUGGAUCGCCGCGCGGUUCCUGCUGUCCACCAUACUCGGGGUGCACCCGCUGGUGGUCCUGGAUGACGGCGGCCGCGACGACGAGCACUUCCCCGUGGACGACCGCGGCCAGCGCGCGGUGGUGCCGACGGCGGUGGAGGCGCCCGAGGGGGUGGCCGGCGUGUCGGUGUGCGCGGUGUGCACGGAGGAGGUCGCGGCGGGACAGGCCGUGGUGCGGCUGCCGUGCGCGCACUGGUACCACGCCGGCUGUAUCGCCCCCUGGCUGCGGAUCAGGAACAACUGCCCGACGUGCCGGGCGGAGCUGCCUCGGGAGGGCGGGGCGGAGAGGCCGCGGCCACCGGCGCAGCAUGCCGCGCAGCUGGCGGAGGCGGCGAUGGAGAUGGCCGGCGGCCGGCUGCGGCGGGAGGCGUCGUACACGAUGCUGGCCGGCACGUUACCCUGCUAAUAAUUAAACUAGCUACUAGCUGGUGGAUCGGACGUGACAGCCUGACAGGCAACACGUACGUGACAGUAGCAUUAAUGUACAGCGAUAUUUGAACUUCUUUUUAGUGUUUUUUAGGCACUUCUUUUUUAGUGUCAAGUAAUAAUAAGCAAUGUACAGCGAUAAUCUAAUCGAAGCAACAAAGACCAAGAGUUUGGAGGUUUUCACUCGAAACUUGGUUGGACCAACA